CGCGAGCUUCCGUAGUUAGCAAAGACUUGUGAUAGCUAUUAGCUUGACCGGUCGACACGAAAAAGACCUUCAGCACCCAACACAACCGCAGUCUUUAUUAUUAUUAUUUGUUUUAAAUAACCAGAACUAUUUUUAAAUGCUUCUUCUUGCGGUCUUUUGUCGGCACCAAAAGGAUGUCUCCCAAAACUUUAGCACCUUUUGCCAAAAAGCUGAUGAAAGUUGUCAUUGUGGGUGAACUGCUCGGCGUCUUUGGAGCAUAUGCCCUCUUCCACACAAUGAACACCAGCCAAGAUUUCAGGAGCACAAUGAAGAGAAGGUUUCCAUCCAUUCUGGAAGUUUACUACAAGUCCAACGAGCUGGCGGGCGUGUACGGCGUGCGGCAGAGAGACCAACUCGAUUGGUCCACCCACCCGACGGAUGCUGAUGACCACUGAUAACUACUUCCUCUUCUUCUUGUUCCCCUUCGUAAUCGUCAUCAACAUCUUCCCCCGUCCAAACUGCUUCCUCUUGUUGAACAUGGCCUUCUUCCUGCGUAGCGUCUUGGCAUCACGGUCAUGGAUCCAGUCGUCACGUUGGCUCUCCCACUUCAGCUGCUUCACGCCUGCACGGGAAGUGGUCACAAUUUGGUGUGAAACUUUCUGACAGAACAAUAGGUUUGGGUCACUUCUGCUCGGGAAAUUAAUUUAAAGGCACAAGAACUUUGCAAUAAGAAUUGUUUGAACUUUCUAAUGCCAAAUGUAAAGACGUGAUAUGAGAGUUUUGGAGGCUGAUGUUUUCUUUUUUCCCUCACCUAUUGUUUGUUUUUUCCAAACCCUGUUAUCUGUAAUUUGCUAAAAACUCACCUACUUGCUAUUUUUGUCCUCAGGCCAAAGCAGUAAAAAUAUUACUUUGUGGCAA